CACGCACACACACCCCUGCCCUGCCUCCCACCCGCCUCCGCCUCUGCCUCCGCCUUCUGGGAGGCUCGAGCCGGUGCGAGGCGGUUCGGCAGCCGCCGGACGGGCUCCGAUCCAGGGUGGUGCGGGGCCUGUGCGGGAGCCCGGAGGCGCGGCCGGCAUGGAGGCGCUGCUGCUGGGCGCGGGGUUGCUGCUGGGCGCCUACGUGCUUGUCUAUUACAACCUCGUGAAGGCCCCGCCCUGCGGUGGCAUAGCCAGCCUGCGCGGCCGCACGGCUGUGGUCACGGGCGCCAACAGCGGCAUCGGGAAGAUGACGGCGCUGGAGCUGGCGCGCCGGGGAGCGCGCGUGGUGCUGGCCUGCCGGAGCCGGGAACGUGGUGAGGCGGCGGCCUUCGACCUCCGCCAGGAGAGUGGGAACAAUGAGGUCAUCUUCAUGGCCUUGGACUUGGCCAGUCUGGCCUCCGUGCGGGCCUUUGCUACUGCCUUCCUGAGCUCUGAGCCACGGCUGGACAUCCUCAUCCACAAUGCCGCCCCCGCCCCAGGGAUCAGUUCCUGUGGCCGGACCCACGAGCCAUUUAACCUGCUGCUGCGAGUGAACCACAUUGGCCCCUUCUUGCUGACACAUCUACUGCUGCCGCGGCUGAAGACAUGCGCCCCCAGUCGCGUGGUGGUGGUAUCCUCAGCCGCCCACCGGCGAGGGCACCUUGACUUCACACGCCUGGACCGCCCAGUGGUGGGCUGGCAGCAGGAGCUGCGGGCAUAUGCCGACAGUAAGCUGGCCAACGUGUUAUUUGCCAGGGAGCUCGCCACUCAGCUUGAGGGUACUGGUGUCACCUGCUAUGCGGCCCACCCAGGGCCUGUGAACUCAGAGCUAUUCCUGCGCCACGUUCCUGGAUGGCUGAGCCCACUUCUGCGCCCACUGGCUUGGCUGGUGCUGCGGACGCCAAGAGGGGGUGCCCAGACACCCCUGUACUGCGCUCUACAGGAGGGCAUUGAACCUCUCAGUGGGAGAUAUUUUGCCAAUUGCCAUGUAGAGGAGGUGCCCCCAGCCGCCCGGGAUGAUCAUGCGGCCCACCGGCUGUGGGAGGCCAGUAAAAGGCUGGCAGGGCUUGGGCCUGGCCAGGAUGCCGAACCUGAUGAAGACCCCCAGCCUGAGGACCCAGGGACCCCAUCUUCCCGGAGCAGCCCCCUCUCUGAGGAGCCCACAGUUUCUGAACCCCAUCCCAUCCCUCACAAUUCACCAGACUUGUCUAAGGUCACACACCGAAUUCAGGUUAAAACUGAACCUGAGCCCUAAAUCUCCUAAUCCCCAGGCUGGGGUGCUUUCCAUGGCACUUGGUGACCCUUGAAAACCUGAACUGCAUGCCAGGCCACGCCUUGGGCACUGAGGGGUUUGCAGGUUUUACCCCCAUGGUUCCUUUCUGGAGCUGCAAGUUGUGUUCUUCUGAGCGGCUCUUUUCCUGGUGGAAGGAAAUCAUGGGCGAUGAUUUCUUCCUGAGAAUAACAAUAAUCCCAGAUUGAGAGGUGAGGGUGGGGGCGUGGUUAAUGUGCCAGACAUUGCUUCUCAAGAAUUUGAAUUCCCUGUUUCUGGUCCCCACUCUGGAUGAUGCUGAUCGGCUCUGGAUGAGGACGUGGGGGGGUUGUGAUUUGAUGCACCGCCAACACGGAGAUUUACUGAA